AGUACCGCAUUGUGUUUUGAGGUGUUUGCUUUGAUUUCGCGCUCGCUCGUCGCACGCCUUACGCGUAAUUUACACGCGCAACGUUAAACAACGUUCGGAAUAAGCGAUCUGCGUUUCGCGAUCACACGCACGCUAAAUUGGACUUUCGUGGGACCUUACAGGCGGGCGGUUCCCUUCGUCUCCGGGCAUGGGACGGAACAAUUUAGCAGGAACCAAUCAAUUUGUGACAUUUGCGAGCCACAUUUGAAUGACGACGCUCACGCAACGGGUGAUCGAACACAUUUUUGGUCGUGUCUUCGGUGACUCUUGUAUCCGGAGUUGUGAUGUCCCCUGCGGGAUUGUGGACUGAUUGAUUGUACGUUACGUGCUAGAAUCCGGGGGUGGUCCCAAAGGCUUGACGUGGGUUGAUGCAUAUGCAGACGUGGAGUCGAGAAUCAAGUCCCAAAUAGGUGUUGGAACGAAAUACAUUGGUCGGUAAUGUUAUGUUUAGGAUCGGUUUGAUUCCCGAGAGAUUGGAGCCGUUACAGCAUAAUAACAACGGUUACGCCCACAACUUGGGAACCCCAUUUCAGGGAAGUGACGACUAAAGAAAAAAUAAUAAAAAAAAAAUCGAAAAGGCCCAAAGUGAGGGGGAGAAAAGUGAUGUUUUUUUCUGCGUUUUAAUUGUUGUUGCUAAACCUGUGGGUGCUCGGUGUCAUUAGUGGGCUAUAUGUGUACGAAAUUGUACCCAAAGGGAGGAGGAUAAAUCAGUGUGUGCAUCGAAAAUAGGAAGACUGUUUAUGCGUACCGGAACGAGCAGGUACAGAAGCAACCAGAUCGCUAAGAAGUGCACCUGAAGAAAGAAGAGCCAAAGUGCACACCGGAAAGCAAGUGGCGAAGAAAUCGAUAAAAGCUGUAUGUUUCUGCUAAAUGUGUGUUGUAAGUGUUCCUGGAGUGAAAACGGAAAGCAAUCACUGAUGUAAUGUAGGAGCGAUUUGUGGUCGCCAACUACAGAAAUAGAAGCUGAAGCCGGGUAGCAGUGCACCAACAUUCGGUGGAAUAAUCCACUUGUGGUGAUAAGAAUCCAUUUAGGAAUCAUUUAUUGCCCUAAGAAAUGGAUACGAAGGAGAAAGGAAAGGACGAGGAGGUAUCGUUUUGCUUUAUAAGGACCACGCGUGUGUUGUGUUGUUCGCAUUGAACUGUGUCCGAAACCAAUGGCGAUUAUCGAAGUGAGGAAGUCGAGCAAAUGUGCCCCAGAAGUGUAAAAAUUUGAUUUUUUCUACAAACAAACCAGUUGCAUUCUCCCCAACGUGUCGUUUGGGGCUGCAAUCGUCGAAGCGUCACCGUGGAGCACUAUAUCAGCAUGGGCUACCUGCAGGAUUUGCAGCUGAAGGGGUCAGAUCCGCGGGCGGCCACCUGCCGCGGGAAGCUACAGAGUCGCCGAUGCAAGCUAAACCAGGAAAUCAACAAGGAGCUAAGGUUGCGGGCCGGGGCGGAGAACCUAUUCAAGGCGACCACCAACAAGAAGCUGAAGGAUACGGUCGCCCUCGAGCUGAGCUUCGUCAACUCCAACCUCCAGCUGCUGAAGGAGCAGCUCUCGGAGCUCAACUCGUCGAUGGAGAUUUACCAGAGUGAGGGGCUAGAUUACGUGAUACCGAUGAUCCCACUCGGCCUCAAGGAAACCAAAGAGGUCAACUUCAUGGAACCUUUUUCGGAUUUCAUUCUGGAGCACUACAGCGAGAAUUCCACCGUGUUCGAGGAUGCCAUCGCGGACAUCACCGAUACGAGACAGGCUGCCAAAACCCCAUCCAGAGAUGCACAAGGCGUGGCGCUGUUGUUCCGGUACUACAAUCUAUUGUAUUACGUCGAGAGACGAUUUUUUCCGCCCGAUCGAAGCCUAGGGGUUUACUUCGAGUGGUAUGACUCGCUCACCGGGGUGCCCUCGUGUCAGCGAACGGUCGCGUUCGAGAAAGCCUGCAUCCUGUUCAACCUAGCCGCCAUUUACACGCAGAUCGGCGCCAAGCAGGACCGCUCCUCCGAGAACGGCCUGGACGCCGCGGUGGACAACUUUCUGCGGGCGGCCGGCGUCUUCCGGCACAUUUACGACACCUUCACAAACGCACCGUCGAUGGAUUUAAAACCACAAGUCCUGGAAGUGCUCGUAGCACUAAUGUUGGCUCAGGCUCGCGAGUGCCUUUAUGAGAAACAUUUACUGCAGCUUGAGGAGAAAACUCGGUCUGAUUGUAAUGCGUUCCACCGCAACCUCUCCGGCGAGGCUACCCAGCUGACGAUCGAGUAUCAGGAGAUCCAUCGGAUAAUACAGAGUAACGAAGCACACACGUAUCUGCCCGAAUGCUGGGCUGGGCUGGUCCCGCUCAAGUCGGAGUACUACAAAGCCCUGGCCCACUACCACACGGCCAAAGCGAUCGAUCCCGAGCUGCUGAGCUUCAAAUCGAGCACCCCUACCAAAUCCGCAAAGCCGAAGGCGUUCGGUGGCAGUCAGAUACUGCCCCAGGUCCGGGACACAUUCAUCUUCGACGAGACCACCAUCGAGGGGGACAUUCAUCCGGCAAUGCUGAAGAAGGUACACCUGCGCGAGUCCCUUUCUAGUCACGAGGAAGCCCAACGGUUGCAGCGGAUGUGCCGCGAGUUGAAGAACAAGAUUGCCCUCACCAAGGUGCUCAACUAUGCGCUGGAGAAAACAGCCGAAGAGCUCGAGAUACUGGCCCUGGAGCUGGAUGAGUCGGGAUUUCUCGAUGAGGACACCGAUCUUAUCGACGUGACGCUUAACACCACCUCCAAAUUCGCCAUCUCGCUGACGGGACCAGACUUCACCGCGUACAAGAUCGAGGACCCGUUCCGGAAGCUGGGACCGAUGGCAAUUUUCUCCGCACGGCGUCACUGGACGGCUCCUCGGUGCAUACGGCUACACAGGGGUAGCACGGACCCGUCAACCGGCGGAGGUACGUUGGAUCGACGUCGAUACCAGGCCGGGGGAUUCGGUGAGAGUACCAGCGGAGGAAGCAGCACCGAUGGGAGUAGCGACGAUAGCCGCGGAAAAUGCCAGUGCAAUAAGACCAACUACUACAACGACGUCCGCUCGUGUGACGUUUGCUUCAAGGAUGUGUGCAACGCAUCGGAGGCGAACUAUAGGCGCAGUGAUGCCCUGGCCAAGAAGGGAGGGACGCGCGUUGGGUCCGUCAAUGAGAUCCAAUCGUGCAACGGAAACGAAACCGACUGCUUCGAGAGUUUCGGCUUUCACGUGAGGGGUGACUCACCGGUCAUGAUUUCGAGCGUGGAGAUCAACUCGCUGGCCGAUCUUGGUGGCAUCAAAGAGGGCGAUUUUAUCGUUGAGCUUUGCGGAAUCGACGUCAAAUGGUACAACCAUCAGCAGGUGCUCAAACUGAUCCGAAACUGCACCAACAGUUUGGACCUGAAGGUCAUCACACCGAUGGACCGAAAUUAUUUGAAGCCAAUGGCCUCCACCCAUUCCAAAGGUUCGAUUUCAACGCUCUCCGGCAGCUCGUCGGGGGUUUCCUCCGGAGCACCCAGCCCAACGGGAACCACCACCAAAAACAGCAAACCCCGCUCGAAACUGGGCAAGAACCGUCUCAGCAGUUUCACCUCCGGCAGCUGGAAUCCGUUCCGUCGGACGCAGAGUUUGGGAAAAAUCUUCUAAACCACCCCCUAUAUCUGAAACCGUGUAAAAAUUCAACAGUUCUUCCAAAAAUGUCCACACCUUUCUACAGUCGAAUUUACGCUAGCUAUCCCACAGUGUAUAAUGUGUAUAGAUUUGGUGCGUUUGGUUUGCCAAAAAGCGCAACCGCCAGAGGUGCCAGAGCUUUGGAAAGUCUCCAACGUUUUCUAUGUUUUAUCGUUUUAUUCGCUAAUUUUAAUCGAAACAAUUCUCUAGAGGGGUUGUUUUAACAACAAAAAGGAUGCCAUCACAAAACACACCCACGAUCGAGAGAGUGUAACUUAAUUUAUAUAUUUUCUACCCCUAUUCUUUUAAACUGCAGAAAUGUGUUGCCGACGUUUCGCGUUUGUGCGUAUUUAUUAUUUUAACCUCUGAUUUAAUACUUAUUCUACAAACGGCACGACGCAGCGAGUCGUGCGGCCUAAUAUUUUACCUAUGUAAGACGGUUCUUUUGUAGGAUUAGAAAUGAUUCGCGGAUGGAUAUCCGCUCAUUCCAUUCCCAAUAAUUAGGAACACACUUCUUAAACACACCCAUAGAGGCCGGAAUUAUAUUUACGCAGAUGUAUAUUUCUAAUGUUUUGGCUGGAAUAGAGCGUAGAUUGGCGAGAUGUUGCCGCCGUUAAAGAAAC